CACCGGCAAAAGUCUCACGAACACAUCGGAAUUGAGCUGAAAGAACUUUUGUUGUCCACCAUUUCAGCCCGUCGUUGGUUCGGCCACGUCUACUCCCUCUUGUCUGAUUCUCAUUCGGUGAGUGCGAUAUCUGUUAGGAGUUAGGCCGGUUGGUGUUGGGUGUGCACAGUGAAAUUGAUUGUUCCGAAAUACUGGUCAACUUGUCUCUGACUUCAGAAAAAAGUGCGAUAUCAUGAUCUCGGCGGUGGCCUUGCUGGCCAUUUUUGGUCUUCUCCAUACCACAUUUGCCGGCGAAGCGGAUGUACUGGACCUUACCGACAGUGAUUUUUCGACUCGGGUUGCCGAAACGGAAACAACACUGGUCAUGUUCUAUGCGCCCUGGUGCGGACACUGCAAAAAACUGAAACCGGAAUAUGCUAAAGCAGCUGAAAUACUGCGUGGCGAGGACCCUCCAAUAGCUCUAGCCAAGGUUGACUGUACUGAGGGUGGAAAAGAUACCUGUAGUAAGUUCUCCGUUUCGGGUUAUCCAACGUUAAAAAUCUUCAAGAACGGUGAAGUUUCACAAGAGUACAAUGGUCCACGGGAAGCUAUUGGCAUUGCCAAAUAUAUGAAAUCAAUUGUUGGACCAGCUUCAAAAGAUUUGCUCAAUCUGGAUGCAUUUGAAAAUUUCUUGAAAAUGCAGGAGACCAGCAUCGUUGGUUUCUUCGAGAAGGAAUCGGACCUGAAGAGUGUAUUUUUGAAAUUUGCGGACAGUCAACGUGAACGGCUACGAUUUGGUCACAGCAGUGCUAAAGAUGUUCUCGAUAAACAAGGAGAAACUGAUGCAAUAUACUUGAUCCGUGCAAAGCAGUUUGGUAACAAAUUUGAGCCCGAUACUGUCAAAUUUGAUGGCAAGUCGAAGGACGAACUGAACGCAUUCGUUAAGGAAAAUUUCCAUGGCCUUUGUGGUGUUCGUACCCGUGAAGCGGUUAGUGACUUCAAAAAUCCUCUUAUCGUGGUAUACUACGCUGUCGAUUAUGUCAAAAAUCCCAAAGGAACCAACUACUGGCGCAACCGGGUGCUGAAAGUGGCAAAGGAAUUUGUUGGCCGUGUUAAUUUUGCCGUUAGCUCGAAAGAUGACUUCCAGCAUGAGUUGAACGAGUACGGGUACGAUUACGUCGGCGAUAAACCGCUAGCACUAGCUCGUGAUGCUAAGAAUCAGAAAUUCGUUAUGAAGGAUGAAUUCUCAGUUGAGAAUCUGCAAACAUUUGCUACCGAGUUAGAGGAAGGCAGUCUGGAGCCGUACGUCAAAUCGGAAUCUCUGCCCGAAAGUAACGAUGCACCAGUAAAGAUAGCUGUUGGCAAAAAUUUCGAUGAAGUCGUUAUCAACAAUAACGUCGAUACCUUAGUAGAAUUUUAUGCUCCAUGGUGCGGUCAUUGCAAAAAAUUGACUCCGAUUUACGACGAACUAGCAACGAAAUUAAAGGACGAGGAAGUGUCUAUCGUAAAGAUGGAUGCUACUGCAAAUGACGUACCGCCGAAGUUCGACGUUCGUGGGUUCCCAACACUUUACUGGUUGCCGAAGAACGGCAAGAACAACCCGGAACGUUACGAGGGUGGUCGCGAAAUUGAUGACUUCAUCAAGUACAUAGCUAAACAUGCCAGCACCGAACUGAAGGGAUGGGAUCGUAAAGGUAAUGUUAAGAAGGUUGAGCUGUAAUCUCCGAAACGCGAAUAAAUAACACAGUCGAGGAUAUACAGUUUUUUCUGUUAGGGAACCAAAUUUUGUCACAAACUACGGAAUUGUACAUUUUCAUUUCUACGAAAAUCAAACCUCAUGAAUGGGAUUUUUCUUUAUUAAGGUUGUACUAUCUUCAUACUUGGCCGUUCCUUCCAUACAGAAAGUUGCAAUGUCUGAACUACUAAUGUUAGGCGAAAAAUUUAGUUAAGCGAUAAGCAGCGAAGCAUGCAUUUAGUUCUUAUAGCAGUCUAACCGAAGAAAAUUGUGUGGCAUGAUCGUGGCAUGGAUUGCUUGGGAAACUCGGAGAAAGGAGGUUCUCUUUUGACUAUAGAAUCAUCUUGUUUUGUAGAAGAUUUUACAGCAGGGCGAAAAUCGUUUUAACGAGAAUAAGAGUUGAAUAAAUGGUAAUGAUUCCGAUUUUUUUAGACUGUAA